CUCAAUUCCCCUUGCAUCCAGACCUGCAUGUAGUAGUAGCUGAACUUGUUGUAGGGCCCUGCUGGAGUAUCUUCAACUCAUUGGCUGACACGCUUGAUAGUCGAUUUUGUUGAUGGAGGUCCCAACUCCCAAGCACCAUCCUGCCAAGUUGAAUCAACUGUGAUGCUCGGCCGUUUGGUAGGGGAGGCGUGUUGUGCUUUUAGUAGCCACAGAUGCAAGUCUGCAAGAUUUUCACUCAGGAUUUUGGCUUGAGAGACGUGAGGCAGAUAUGCGGACAAGCCAGACGCCACCGUUACCCGCCAAACCAACGGCUCGAACUCAAUCCGCCCACAUCCACCGCCCCGCCGAGCGGCACACCGACGCGGCGGCUCAGCGUCACCGGCAUGAAGAGCUCGGCGGAGCCGCGCGCGGCGGGCGACGUCGACGUGGAGCUUCUCAAGGCGGUGGCGCAGGCGUGGCACGCGUGGUCGGGCAACCCGCGGCCGUCGCGGGGGUCGGAGACCGGCGGGGACGACAGCGACGCGGCCGGCGCCGGGGCCCGCCCCCGCGCGGGCGCGUCGCGGCACCGGCCGUCCCGGUUCAAGUUGGAGGCCAUGGCCGCGGCCGCCGCCGCGGUGGCAGCUCCCCCCGGCGAGGUAGCGUGGGACUUCACGCGGUCGCUGUGGGACACAUACGAGCUCGUCAGCGUGGCGCGGAAGCUCGAGUCCGGCCUCGCCAUCGCCGACCACGCCGCCGCCGCCGCCGCGGCGCCGGCCGUGCCGCCGGGCGGAGAUGCGCGGGGAGCAGGAAAGCGGGCCAGGGAGAGCGGGCGCAGCCUGAGGAGCCUGUUCCUGCGCUCCACGUCCAGGAGGUUCGAGGAACCAAACAGCUAAGUUUGAAAGUCUGAAUUGUAAAACUUCCUCAGAAAUGGCCACAAAGGAAACAGAGCGAAUAGCAGAAGACUUUUGACAAGAGAAAGAUCCUUUGUCUUAAGAAGCCCAGCAUGAAAUCCAGCACUGCUGCUGCAGGUGUUCUCGGCAUUGAUAGUUCGUGUCAAACGUUUCACGAUGCAAUUAAUAUUAUUCACCUAUUUGCGAUU